UCUGUAACUUUGGCAAGCUAGAUUUUCAAGUGAAUUUUCAAUUUAUUAAUAUUACAAAUUAAUUUACCAAAGAAUUCAAAGAUCUGUAUAAUAAAAUUGCGUAGUUCCUAAAUUCUAAUGGAAGGAAUUUUAUGGAAAUGGACGAAUUACUGGAACGGUUGGCAAACCAGGUGGUUCAUCUUGGACAAUGGUAUCCUGUCAUAUUAUAAAUCGCAAGAGGAAGUGAACCAAGGAUGCAAGGGCUCAGUGAAAGUAUCUGUGUGCCAAAUAAAUGUGAACCAAAUAGAUUCAACCCGAAUGGAUCUCGUAAUACCUGGCCAGCAGCACAUGUACCUGCGGGCUCCGUCUCCUCAGGACAGGCAAAAGUGGCUUGUGGCUUUGGGCAGUGCUAAAGCCUGUGUAGACUCUAAGGGUGACUCGAAAGGGUCAGAAGAUCCAAAUUCCUUGGGGCACAAGAAAUCUGAACUGCGACUAUACUGUGACCUGCUAAUGCAGCAAGUGCAUGCGGUGAAGAGUGCAGCCAACACAGAGGGUGGCCCUGAAGUUCAGACCUUAGAAGACGCCUCAAGCCUCCUAUCUGCUACCUGCGACACCUUCAUCAGAACUCUGGAAGAUAUAAUGAAGCUGACUAGCGGUCCCACUACACCUAUGGUAGCACCUUAUGAAAUGCCUGUACCCAAUCUCGCUAUGCCCAAAAAUGGGUCAAGCAAAUCGCAAGUAAACAUUAAAACACCUAGACAAAGUUUAACUAGAUCUGUAUCACAAGAAAAUAGAUGAAUUGGAUUUUAUAUAUGUAUAAAAUAAUCUAAAAAAGAUUUCUAAUAAUAUUUUGACAUCAAUAUGGUUAUUUUGUACUUUUAUUAAAAUAACAUGGUAGCAUUACAUAUUGAGCACAUAUGUAUAAAAAAGUAUUUUUGUAAAAUGUGAUGAAUUGCUUUAAAAUGUAGGUGUUAAUUUUCAAGCAUUCCUAUGUAAAAUUAAAAAACCAUGUACCUACCAAUUGAAAUGUUUAUAGUUUGAAGAUAGUAUUUUAGUAGUUUGUGGAAACAUUGUAGAUAAAAAUGUAUUGUACUUAGAUUAGAUUUAGUUUGGUUUGGUGAGUCUUUGUUAAGUAUUAUUUUGGCGUGGCAAGUUAUGGCGCAACGUUUCGGUUGCCUGGCAACCUCAUACUUUGAUUCGAUGACCGCUUUUCUCUUAUAUGUAUUUAUUUAUUGUAUCCCAAAAACUGGAGUGCGCUUCGUUUAUAAAGAAGUGUUGUUAACUUGCUCAAUAUUGUUUGAAAAAAAAAAGACGAUUGGGGUAGUAAACAAUCUUAUGCAAGUUUACGGCAGACUCCUGCAGCUGGUAUGGGAGCAUGCGAGUUCUCGCAACGUCUAAAUGAGUCUUUACACAUCUGUAAACCCAUAGGUAUAUGUUUAUGAUCUACCUAUAUAUGUUUCACGAUUAUUAGGGUAGUAUUCCAUCUGUCCAAUAUGUAUCGCGCCUCACAUUUUGCUUCAAUGAGGGAAUGAGACGCAAUGACAUUGGACAAAUAAAUUGGACAGGUAUAGUUCGUUUUUUUUAGCAUUAGAAAGAACUUGCAAGAAGGUAAGCGAUCUUGACAUGUCUUUUAAUUGAAAAACGCUUUUUAAAAAUCAAAAACUAUUACUUAUGAAAGCAAAAGAAUAUAAAUGAUCGUAUUAGAUUCAUAAUUGUUACAUAUUUGCCGUAACUUAUUUUUAAAAUGUGUUUGUCAAUUAAAAGACACAUCAAGAUUGUUUACCUAAUUUCUAAUGCAAAAAAAAAAACGAAGUAUAGAAUACCACCCUUAAACAUGUGGUUUCCUUUUAAGCUCUACUAUGUAGGCCCUACAUUGUAGGGGAAGGGCACUUUGAAAGUUUUUAACCCUUUACCAGGCUAAGGGAUGUAUAUUUCCCACAUAUGGUACUUCAAAUAAUAUGUGUCCUAUUUUCGAUGAGUAAGACUGACAUUUGAUUGUCAUUGUUGAAAUAUCAGCCUGGUAAAAGGUUUACGGAUAUUGCUGAAGUACUAACAAUAUUGUUUGUAGAUUUGUUUUUUUGUCGUAAAUCGUCAUUGCUAUAUGGUUGAGUACCUAUUGGCUUCAUUUAUUUUAUAUAAGCUGCUAUGAUUUUUGUGUGAUGUUUGAAAAGUUAGUCAAGAAGCGAUCUCUCGUAGUUUGAUCUAUGGCACAUGUGCAUAACUAUACUUCUGUGAUAACUAUAAGUAUAACUUGUUUAAGUUCUUAUCACAAGCUAUCAUAAUAAUGAUAUCAUAGUGCAUACGGUGUACCUUAGUGCUACCAUUAGUAUUUGAAUAACUUCAUAAAUUAUAUGCAUAUUAUUGUUGGGCUCUAACAGAGCAUUAUGAUUAUUUUAUUUGAACUGACUUGCUUCUCCAUGAUUUUUUCU